UCACAAUGGAGAUCAGUCGACAUCUUCCGCUCGAACUCGUGCUCAACAUCAUCACUUGCUCUCUGCCAGCUUCGGAUGCGAUACUCCCCCCGUCUCAUGACGUUACGAAACUGCUGCUUACGUUCACCUUGGUCUGUCAUGAAACAAGACGGCUGGCCAAUCGCUAUCUGCGCGAACGAUGUGUGUACCUCUCAACGUCGAAGCGGCUGAGUUCGUAUGUCUCAGCGACCAAGAAGGAACUGGGCCUCCGCAACGCUACCGCGUUGUCUUUGUCCCCUUUUGGCGAAACUAUCGAUGACCUACACUUAUGUUCUUGGGUCCGCGAGCUCUUCCACUACACUUGCGCGUCCCUCAGGAGACUAGUCAUUGACAUACCCUUGCGGAGCCUGUACCCGGAAGACGACCAUCUGGCUGUUCGACGAGUCUUGAGAGAGGGCUUUGAGCGCCUCGAGAACCUCGAAGAGUUCGUCAGCACACGAGAUGAACUGUACCUUGAAGUGACAGAUGACGGCCGCCAUCCCGCAGUGUGGAAGAGCUGGAAGAAGCUUCGGCGCGUAGCCCUGUACAACGUCGAUUUAACUUUCUACUUCUGGCAAGAUGUGGCACGACUACCUGCCCUGGAGACCUUGGUCCUCUCUCGCUCCGACGGGAACGAUGAAUCUCUCGAUGACUGGGCCGAGUACUUCAAGUUCACCGCUCGGCCCUUCAAACUCAUCAUGCUGGGCUCUGAACGACGCCGUCUGGUACCCGACCGCCUGCUCUCAGGCCGCAUAAAAAACAGGAACGAGGUGGUUGACGUUCCCAUGAUCAGAUCAGUCUGGCUGCAACACACAAUAGACUUUUCCGUCGCAGAGUGCCAGGAAUUUGUACGGGCACAUGCCGAGGAAGGCACCCUGUGGGACCUCGACCAUGGAACGAUCCCUUGUAAUGGAAGGCCCUAUAUUGAUGAGCCGUACCUUGCGCAACUUGGGGCGCACUGGCUGAUGCUAGAUGAGCGCCGGAGAGCUUGGUCAGCUAACUAGUAUUCCCACACAUUUACACGUGCUCAAAUGCCGAGGUCGCAUGUUGUUCAUAUGUUCAGCAGCCGUCAUGGUCCAGCAAACAUCGCCUUCUUCGAGAGUUAUGUAUCCGGCGCUUUCGACAAGCGAUUCCUGAUCUCACCAUGUCUGGCACGCCUGGCUUCGAAUGCGAGUGAAUUUAAAGUAGGAUUAUCUCACUUGCUAGGGCAGGAGAUUCGACUGUUGAGGAACAUGCUAGUUGAUUGGCAAUCGUACCAUGAGCUUAUCAUUGAUCUGUACUCUGACCAUCUACCAUUCACUU